AUGGGGGCGCCCCCCAUCCACCCCAGGAACCUCCUGAGUUAUUUGGUGACGCUGCAGCUCCUCCAGUUGGGAUCAGCUGGGCUCACUGUGAUUGGAUCACGCCGCUCUCUCCAUGGCACCGUGGGACAGGACGUGGUGCUGCCGUGUCACUUGUCCCCCCACGUGGAUGCCCGGGGCUUGGAGAUCCGCUGGAUCCGGUACACGUCCACUGAAGUGGUGCACCUCUUCCUACAUGGAGAUGACCAGUACGACGUGCAGAUGAGUGAAUAUCGUGGGAGAACGGAGUUGGACUGAGAUGGGCUCUCCAGUGGAAGCCUGGACUUGCGAAUCUUUGGGUUGAGACCCUCUGAUGAUGGCCAAUACGUCUGCACCGUGCGAGAUGGAGACUCCUAUGGAGAAGCUGUGGUGGACCUGCAGGUGUCAGCCAUGGGCUCUGACCCUCAGCUCUCCCUGGAGGCCUACGCGGACGGGGGCAUCCGGGUGCGGUGUCGCUCGGCCGGGUGGUACCCGCAGCCGGAGCUGCUGUGGAGAGACCCCCAUGGGCAGCAGCACCCCUCACACUCCCCGGGACUUUCUCCUGAUGAGAGAGGCCUGUUUGAGGUGGAGGACGUCACCAUCGUGACUGGGAACGAAGCUGGGAGCUGGGUCUGUGUGGUCAGGAACAGCCGCCUCAGCCAGGAGUCGUCGCUGCACAUCUCAGCUCCCUUUUUCCACAACGCCCAUCCCUGGAUGGUGGCUCUGGCCGUGGUCCUCGUCCUUGCUGUCGCAUUGACCACCAUCAGCGUUUAUCUCCUCAGAACCAGGGAGGUGCAGGCCAAGGCGCUGGAUGCACGAAAUGCGGCACUGGAUGUGGUGACCCUGGAUCCAAACACAGCUCAUCCCCAGCUCCUCAUCUCAGAGAAUUUGAGAGGAGUCACAUGGAAAAGUGCACGACAGGACCAGCCCAAAACCACAGAGAGAUUUACUUUUUGGUGCUGUGUUCUAGGCCGGGAGGGGUUCAAGGAGGGGAGGCACUGCUGGGAGGUGGAGGUGGAUGGGGAGGUUGAGGGUGACGCGUGGUGGGCUGUGGGGGUGGCCAGGGCGUCUGUGAACAGGACGGAGUGUGUGAAGCUGAGUCCUGAAAGUGGGAUCUGGGGAGCGGAGCACUGGAAAUACCAAUUUGUGGCUCUCACCUAUCCUUGCACCCCCCUGUCCUCCUCCCUGGUCGCUAGGAGGCUCUGGGUCUGCCUGGACUGCACCCAGGGCCUGGUGACCUUCCUCAACGCCGACAGUGGGGCCGAGAUCUUCACCUUCCCCCAAGCAGUGUUCAACGGGGAGAGCAUCCACCCUUGGUUUAUUAGGAACCCAUGUCCCACCCUGCCCUCCCCAGAGGGGGAAUGA